AAUAGAGGAGCACAAUUGGAAUUUAGGGCGGGGAGCAGAACAAAGAUAGAGUGUAGCUGGUAUUUCGGUCAGAGUAACAAAAGCCUGUCGAACAAAAGACCUCCUCUAAGGCCAGGUGGGAUUAUCUUCCGAGGAAAAAUGAUUCUAACAAUUACACAAGUCAUCAUUCAUGUCCUGAAAUUCCCAAUUCCAGUCAAUAAAAUCGAGUUCAUAGUGGUUGUCUAUGCUAUUGAUGGACUUUCUUGCCCACAGAGUUAAGAAGAGAAGAAAGAAUUUGAAUGAUACCAGUUUUAGAACUAUUGGAACCACAGUGAAGUCACACCUGGAUUAUAAAGAGCAUCAAGAUCAAGAUACAGAAAAGAAGGGGCGGUCCACCUGUGACCUUGGAUGAUGCUUGCUUGCUGACUCCUCCGAGGCCAGAGCUAUAUCGAUAAUGUUCACCCCCAGUAAAAACAAUCUCCCGUCCCCCAGCCUGGAAGACUCCUUCUUCCCUCUCUUCUCGUCCUCUUCGGUCUCACUCUCCUUCGCUCUGCCCUCGUCCACAUCCUCUCCCGGCAGCGGCGACAGCGGCGGAGGGAUCGAGACGGAUCUGAUCCUCGCUGCGGAGCUGGGGCAAGCCUUACUGGAGAAGAACGAGGAGCUGGCAGCCUCUCUGGAGCAGGCAGAGAGGGAGAUGGAGACCUUACAGCAGGAGAAGCACGUUCUGCACAAGAAGUUGGAGAUGAAUGAACUGGCAUCCGGGCAGAGGGAGGCAGAGCUGACUGCAGACCUGGCGUCCCUGAGAGUCGAGCUGGAGCGACAUCACGGCCAGGGAAGCAACCAGCGGAAAGAUGAGAGCGAACAGCUGACUCAACUAGCCAAUCACAACCAGCGCUUGGUGGAGCAGCUCGCGGAGGCCGUGACGCUGCAACACUCCUUGAGGACUGAGCUCCGUUCCCUCAGAGAAGAGAGGGAAGAAUCGUCUUUCAGCCGAAAUAUCAGCUUUUCACAAUUGGAGAGCGUUCAGGCGGAGAACAGAGUGUUGCUGGAGCGGCUGUCGUACAUGGAGGCGCAACAUGAAGCUUCGCAGGAGGACAGCGACAGACUCCGCUUGGAGAGAGAGAGACAGAGAGAGAGACUAUCGGAGCUACAGACCAAACUGAGCGAGAAACAAGCAGAGAUAGAGCAGGAGCAGGGUGUGGUGUUCGAGUUGCGAACUGUGAAUCGCUCUCUACAGCAAAAAUCUCUGAAUUUGGGAGAAGAGAGCAUCCUGAACCGAACACAAACACAACCUUUGUCUCUGCAUAGUGAAAUUCAGCAAUCACAGGUGAAAGAGGCUCUCCUCGCUCACUCCGCAGUCCUGCAAGUACGAGAUGAAGAGAUCCAAGCGCUCACGGGGGAGCUCCGAUCUCAAAGAGAAGAGCUGGAGUCUUUGAGGCAGGAAAUCCAGCCAUUUAGAAGCAGUCCUGAAAAGCCAAACUACAGUUUCUUAGAAAAUGACUUGGCCACUGUGCAGCAGGAGAAAGAAUCGCUGACUCAGCAGCUUCUCAACACCAUCAAACACAAAGUGGCGAUGUCGCAAGAGCUGGAAGCCUGGCAGGAGGACAUGCGGCUGGUGAUCCAUCAACAGGUGCAGCAGAGGGAGGAGGAGAGACAGCGGGAAAAACACAGAGAAAGACAGACGGAGAAAGCAGUCGGACUCCAAAGGAGCAAGUCUUUGAGAGUGAAGGGAGAAGAAGGGAAAGGAUUCUUCUCCUUUUUCAAAAACAAAUGACGGAGAGAAGCGUGAGCGGUUGAAUCGGACAGAGUGGAUCGGCCUCCAUCUUCUGGAGCAAGAUAACAUCCACUGCCAUGUGUUCUCAGCAUCACCUCGUGAAAUGUUUACAGAGCUCAUAUUUGAAUAUAUUUGUAUAUAUGUAUGUACAGUGUGUAUAAUUUCAGAAUGUUAUAUCCAAAGUGUAUGAACCUAUUGAGUGUUGUAUGCUCUGAUGGUUGUUUGUCAGCACAGCGUCUUAAAGCUGCACUUUAUUUUUAUUUUGUUUGUCUCUCUGACCAAUAAAAUGUACGUUAAUUC